AUGGCUUCAUACAAGCCGGUGACGACUCAUGAUGCGCUUCACGCUGGAGUUUACCUGAACAACAAGAAGCAGACAUUGUUCCCCUUCAUCCGUCAUCCCACGGUGCACCAGGGAUUUUACUCCAUCUACACAACGCCAAAAUCAGCUUCCAAAAAAACAAGUGCUAGAGAUCAGGUUUUCGAGGAAGUUAGAAAAUUGGUAAAUGAAUACCAAAACGAGGAAGUCAGUAUAACAGUAACAGGGCAUAGUCUGGGCGCAGCUCUUGCUACAAUGAAUGCAGUUGACAUGGUUUCUAAUGGAUAUAAUAUGCCCAUUUCCAAUCCAAACAAGGAAUUCUUGGUCACAGCAUUCGCGUUUGCGAGCCCCAAGGUUGGAGACGUUAGCUUCCAAACUGAGUUCAACAAUCAUAUGACAAAAGCGAAGCUCCGUCUCUUGCGCAUUGAAAAUAAUCAAGAUUUAGUUACUAGACUUCCACUGGGGAACUUCGUUGCAGUGGGAUAUGAGAUUCCAAUUAGCACAACAAAUGCAAGUGCAGAUGAGGGUGGCAAGUUGUCCAAGGCUCACAGUUAGAAGAACUAUAUCAGGGAACUGCGAGCACUGUCAAGUACUACUCCCAGUGCCUAAUCUGGGAAAACAUGAAUUAUUAAUAAGUAAGGUUUGUGUCAUCAUCAGAUUUCACAAACACUAGUAACAAAGAGUGCUGUCGAUAUAUGUUAUGGGAAUAAGUUCCUCCCUUUUUGUAUAUAGCUUAAUGGAGGUUUCUCUUGCUGCUUAGUUUGUUUAUGUAUCGUGUGUUGUUGGUUUCCUCUGGUGCUAGGCUACCGGUGCAAUCUGUGCUUUGCAUGUCUGUUAU